ACAGUCAAUAGGAGAUGCUUGUGGAUGGUUCUGGUGAUGAUUGAUACCCAUGUUUGCUUUGUCCAUUCCAUUGAAUCCACCAAAAUCAUCAUCAAACUGAUCUGAAAGGUGAUCAUCUCCACCAGCUAGAAAACAUAGGUCCGUGCACCUUUUUAAAAAGAUCCAACUAAGUUCAUCAAUUCCGCAUUCGACUCGGCUUCUUCCCAGUGGCUGUUGGAGAACGCUGCUGAAUUAUUCGGGAAGAUUCGUCGUGUGGCCGUAGUGAAAGAGAAGCCGUCAUGGCCCAAGUGGAGGAUCAUGUUGCACGUAAUCUCAGCCAGUUGCCCAACUUUGGAGUCGAACUAUCUUCCAUGGAAUUUACCAGCUGGUUGGACUGGCUGGUGAAAAUCCGGGACCCUCGAGAUUGCUGGAAGUCGCAGCCAACAUAUCUUAUCUCGGAGUUGACCUAUUUGACUGUUGGGCUGCUCACUUUCAUCCACUCUAGGCGAGUUGGUGGUCGUUUCAAGUAUUUAUGGCUGGCCACCAUUUUUCAUGGAUUAACUGUCGAAUGCGCCGCCUAUUGGUUACCCGAUAUCGACAACUUUUGGCACUCGCAGACGACCAUCGUUUUGCUGGGCAGGCGAUUACCGCUUCACAUAAUGAUGCUAUAUCCCGCGUUUAUCUACAACGCAUCCGUGGCUAUAUCACGGCUAAAGUUGCCUAAUUGGGCUGAACCCUUUGCAGUCGGUUUGUGUGUGGUGUUGAUCGACUUGCCGUACGACAUAACGGCCGUAAAGUUCCUUCACUGGACAUGGCACGAUACAGAUCCUAACAUUUUUGACCGACACUACUGGGUGCCUUGGAACUCGUUUUACUUUCAUGCAACUUUUGCGGCUUCUUUUACUUUCUGGUUUCACUGCUGGAAGCGUUUGAUUAUUGGAAAAUCAACCGACAAAUGGCAGGCUGGAGACCACAAACGCGAAAUGUUGUGUGCCAUAUUAACUGGCCUGUGCGGAAUGCCUGGUGGCGUCCUCCAGUUUAUCCCGUUCUACCACCCGCUUCACGAUAUCGCCGGUGUUCAUACGGAAAACUGCGUCGCACUCCUGACGUUGACAUUCUUUCUCAUUGUUUGGUCUGCGGAUCGUAACCCCAUUGUUGGCUCGAGAACGACACCAGGUUUCAAAGGCUUCAACGAAUGUGUCUUGAGUUUGAUUCUUCACUACAGCUGCUAUUUGAGCUGCGUUUUGCUGUUCAAACCUGAAGAUGAAGUAUCCAUCGGUGUUCAUGAAAAGACUGGUCCAUGUAAUGAAACGUCCCCCGUUCAAACAGCGUUCGGCAUGACUUUGUUGAAACGAAAGUAUCUGUGCACUUCCGACUAUGACGAAGGUUACUUUGACUUCCACUGUCUACCAGGUGGGAAACCGCCUUCUGAGGGCAUGGAGUUCUACACCGCUUGCGGCACGCCUUUUCCUAAUCACGCCGAAUACAUCGUCGUCAUUGCUGGCGUUUGUUGGCUUGCUUUACUCGUUUUUAUCAAUCUCCACUUUCGUUCAGGCACGGAAGUCGUCUACCGUAAUUCGAACACAACCGAAGAUGGCAAGAGAAAGAAGAAGAAAUAAGUAAAGGAAAUCCUUCAUUCGUCACUGCCAUGCGCUUACGGUGUGUAUAUGACAAUGAAAGUCUUUCGCAGAAAGAAAAUAUAUUUAAAAAAAAAAAAAAGGAAGCAAUUUAUAUUGAUGCAUUUGUAAAUUAAGUGUCCGUUUGAUAAGGAAGAACCCCGCCCACUCUUUUUUUUCUGAAAAAGCCUUUUCAUGUACUCUCUCAAUAUUAUGAGCUACAUAUUGAUCCAUUUGUUCCGUUCGAUGGGUAGGCACUACACGCUUCUUAUCACUCCACGCCGUCAGCAUGGUUAGCUUUGACUGAUGAACAUUUAUAAGCAAAUAUCAAAUUUUACGUUAAUGACGUGACUGUCUCAGUCUACCACGCGUAAAUGUUUUGAAUCGUCGUGCAAUUGCUGCCCUUAAAAGAUGCAAUUGCUUUUAUAACCUAACUGAAAAAAUGGCCAAAUGGCUGAUUGUAUUCGCUUUAAGUCAAAUAGUGAACAAUGUUCUUCAAAUGCCAAAGCAUUUAGAUCACAAGCAAAUAAAUUAAAAUACCCUUCA